CGUCAGGAGGCCCCGCCCUCACCACGUCUCCAACUCUGUUUACUUCCGGGUGUCCGAACCGAGCCUGGAAUCGGGGAGACAUGGCGAGGGCUCCUGGGGGCCACAACCUGACCGCAGCGGAAUGGGGGGGCUUCGAGGACAACGUGCAGGGUGGCACCGGUGCUGCAGUUAUUGACAUGGAGAACAUGGACGACACGUCAGGCUCCAGUUUCGAAGACAUGGGAGAGAUUCACCAAAGGAUGAAGGAAGAUGAGGAGGAAGGGGAGGGAGAUGUUGUCACAGAAGAAGGGGAGGAAGAUGGUGCUUUCCUUGGUAUGAAAGGAUUCAAGAGCCAGCUUGGACGGCAAGUAGCAGAUGAGAUGUGGCAAGCUGGGAAGAGACAGGCUUCAAAGGCAUUCAACUUAUAUGCGAACAUCGAUAUCCUGCGACCAUACUUUGACGUGGAGCCUAUACAGGUCAGAAACCGGUUAUUGGAGUCUAUGAUCCCAGUCAGACUAAUCAGCUUCCCCCAGAAGAUUGCUGUAGAACUUUACGGACCCUUGAUGUUGGUAUUUACCAUGGUGGCAAUUCUACUGCAUGGAAUGAAAUCUUCAGGAACUGUUAUUAGAGAAGGCACGCUGAUGGGCACUGCCAUUGGUACAUGUUUUGGGUAUUGGCUUGGAGUCUCGUCGUUUAUCUGCUUUGUGGCAUAUUUAUGCAAUGCUCAGAUCACCAUGCUGCAGACACUGUCACUCCUUGGCUAUGGCCUCUUUGGACACUGUGUCGUACUCUUCAUUACGUACAACAUUCACUUCCACUCCCUCUUUUACAUCUUCUGGCUGAGCAUCGGUGGACUGUCCACUCUGCGUAUGGUUGCGGUAUUGCUGUCACGCACAGUGGGACACACCCAGCGACUUGUCCUUUGUGGCACAGUGACUGUGCUGCAUAUGUUGUUCCUGCUUUACCUGCACUUUGCAUAUCACAAGGUGGUGGAAGGAAUCCUUGACACCCUGGACGGCCCGAAUGUCCCUCCACCAUUCCAGCGAGUAGCUCGUGAUCUGUCCCUGGGAACAAACGCUGUACUCAAUGUCACAGCACAGAUCCUAUCCUCAUAGUACUGCUGAUUCCAGGCAACACGCCUGCACCACGAUCAUGUCUUCUGCACCAGGACACACAGCCAGACCUUCCACUGCCCCAACUGCCCAAAGGUGGACAUUGAGGCCGUAUGGUAGCCAUUUGAAAAAUUUUCAUAAGGGGUUAAAGGGUUAAACAGAGAUGGCUUUCUAAUCUCCCAAAGGCAGUACAGAGGUUACAGCAUAGACUUUUUUUCUAUAAAAGUAAUGUAACUUUAUCUGACAUCAAACUUGAGUGUGGAGUGAUGCUUUCUCAAAACCCUCUCAGUGCAGCCUCUGUGUAUACUUCACAUAGCUAGUGUAUAUUAGUUCUAGGUAUGACUCUGCUGUAUAGCUAUACACUAGCUAUACUUCCUAUAUUUAGUGUAUAAUAGUUCUAAGUAUGACUCAUCUGAUGAUACUACUCUGUCUGUAAUGCUCCCACACACCAAUAA